AUGUCCUCCUCAUCAACAGUUGACAUCCCCCCACCGCUCCUCAAGCGCCUCGAAGCAUUCCGCAUGGCGAAACGCUCGGCCUCGAGCGCUGCUGUGGUGAUCAAGAUCGACAAGGCCAAGCUGACGAUGGAUGUCGAGGAGGAGUACGAGAACAUUGGCUUGGAGGAGCUGGAAGAGGAGCUUCCCGAGAAUACCCCACGUUUCAUACUCUUGUCCUACCGUCUUGCUCACUCAGACGGACGUGUCUCUUUCCCCCUCGUACUUGUGUACUGGGCGCCAGCGACAAGCAGUACAGAGAUGUCGACGUUAUACACGAGCGCCCUGAGUGCGCUGAGCGUCAAGGCGGACGUGGGAAAGGUGGUUGAUAUGAGGGAUGGAACCAUGGACAGGAAGACGCUUGAGAGUAGACUGGGGGCAUGA